AUGGCAGGAAAGGGCAGUGGAGCUACAGACCAGAUGGAUCAAGAUUCGCCUCAGCGCAAACGCGGAGCGCCCGAACAUGAGUCAAUUAGUUUGGAAGCAAUUCGAGAAGUUGUCCGAGGUGAAAUCCAAGGCGCCGUCUCGGGCGUGACAGAACGAGUCACAGCACUGGAGAGAGGACUUCAAGCCCACAAUGAUCGCACCUUCCAGGCAGUCGAGACCCUCUCCUCUGCCCAGGCUCAGCAAAGCUUUCGCCUCGAGGAGCUCGCUACUGAUGCCAAAGAGAUGUCUGGAAGGCUCUCCUUCCUUGAGGGCACAGUCAAGAACCUGCAGUCUUCGGGGAGCACCCCGUCCACAGCUGAUUCCGGGAGGAUCCCUGCACUUGUGAUGGGUGGCUGGUCCCCCGACACCCUGGCAAGCGAAGUCAUUCAGAAGGCAAAUGAAAUGGCCAGGGAUCUGCAACUGCAGCUAAGUUUGUCAGACGCUUUCGUUCCGGGAGUCAGGCGAGGAUUUGUGCUCAUUCCCAUCACUCCCAACUCAGGUGAAUCCGAUGAAGCCAUGAAGCAACGUGUCCAGGCCUGCAUCCGUCGAGUUAACACAGCCAACGUCACACUCGGGCGCAAGCCCGACGGCAACCCAGCCAAGUUGUGGCUGUCCAUCAGCCAACCGCCAGAGCGCCGCCGCCGCGCCGCACUUGCAGGCAAGGUCAAACGCUUGAUCAUCGAGGCAGGGGGCCUCCCCUCGUUGCACCGUAUUGAGCCAGAGUGGGCCACAGGCACAGUUUGGUUCAAAGAUGUCAAAGUAUCCUCUGGCAGCAGCGUUGCCCCGCAGGGCGCAACCACCGCGGGGUGUGGUUGGAUUGACCUCCCAACCAUUGCCACCCAACUGGGCAUCCAGCUCAACGCCUUAGAGAAGACCUGGGAGCCGCUCCUUGCGGCACUCCGCUGA